CAUCCCGCUUAUCCUACGCCGCUCCCGCCUUAUCCUGCGCCUUACGAGGGUUUAUUGAGAUCCACCGUUAAAUUCGAGCGGAUUAGGCUAUGAUUCAGCCCUUCGGAGGCUGAAUCUUAUCAAUUCUCUCCUUUUCUGGGGAAUUUCUUUCUAUUUUUAGCCGUUUAUUCGUUCAUAAAUCAAGAUUUAGGGAGCCUGUAUAGAGUUUGGUUCGAAUCUCUUCGAUUUGGAUAGGAGGAAGAGGCACUUGGAGUUCACAUUAGUAAAAGAAGAGAACUUUUUUUUUUAUAAUGAUGGAAGCAACUGCUGCUUUGAGCUUUCAAUCGUGUUCUUUGAUCGGCGGAGAGAAAAGAGGGCGAAAAUCUUGGGAAAUUUUGAGGUUUUCACCAGGUCUUGGUGAAGAGAGGAGGAUUCAAGCGGUUAAUUUGCGCCAAUCAAAGUUGAGGACUUGUUCGGUUAGGGCAAAGGGCCAUGAGUCGAAGAUUUGUUGCAGUUGCAAGAAAUCUUGGGCUGGAGAAUUAUCCAACUUGCAUUCCUCAGUCGAUGAAGCACUUAUCUUAAAGCGCAAAUCUGAGGAGGUCUUACCCGAAUUAAAUGGACAGUGCAUAUACCUAGUUGGAAUGAUGGGUUCUGGGAAAAGUACUAUUGGAAGGAUUUUAUCGGAAGCUUUAGGAUAUUCUUUCUUUGAUAGUGACAAGUUAGUAGAGGAGGCUGUUGGCAUGUCUUCGGUUACUGAUAUAUUCAAGGAGCAUAGUGAGGCUUUCUUCAGAGAUAGUGAGAGCAAAGUACUGAGAGAUUUGUCUUCUAUGUGCCGAUUAGUUGUUGCAACUGGAGGGGGUGCUGUGAUUCGACCAAUCAACUGGAAGUAUAUGAAACAAGGGAUAACUGUAUGGUUAGAUGUCCCCUUGGAAGCUCUUGCAAAGCGUAUUGCUGCUGAUGGGACAGCUUCACGUCCUCUUUUACCCCAAGAACCUGGUGAUCCUUACACAGAGGCUCUGGCACGACUGUCGGCGCUGUCUAAAGAAAGGGGUGAAGAUUAUGCCAAUGCAGAUGCAAGAGUUUGCCUCCAGAAUAUUGCAGACAAGCAGGGCCAUGGGGAUGUUUCUAUAUUAACACCAACGGCGAUUGCGGUUGAGGCACUUGUAAAGAUCGAUAGCUUUCUAACUGUGGAUGUUCCAGCCAGUCAGAGUACCUUACCGAGGGUGAAAGGAUGAAUAAUCUUUGUGUUGCAUCUGCUCCCUCAUCAUAGUAAAAUCUCUGGAGAAAAUGUGUGUGUGUUUGAUUUUGGUCAAUAUCAAAGAUUUCAUUACCAGCACAAAAUGUUGUGUCGGCUGCGUAUAAAUGGAAAAUAAACCUGUAGCACAGUAGAGGUAACUUCCCUCUGUACUGUAUAUUGUGGUAAUAAAAUUAUAUUAUUCCAGUGAGUUACA